ACACUAAGCUGUGGAAUUUAAUUUUUGUGUAAUGGCAAUGUUUUCUCUCUCUCUCGUCUCGGCUCCCACGAAUACACAAGUGUGUUAUCUGAAGAUUGUGUUUUAAUAAAGAAACCCGCAGUAUCCAGCCCUAUCAUACACAAAUACGCGCGCGGCCGCGCCUCAUGGUCCUUCGAGAUAUUUAUGAAGAUCUGUGGGUUGACCAGAAACCACUUGGAAGAAACGCAAGUAUUCGCAAUUUGGGAAGCACAACAAGGACGCCAUUUUCGUUCAUUCGUCGUUUGGGUCGCAAUUCGCUCAGCAUCCAAUCAAGCAGCACGCAACAAAUCGCAACCAGGUGGCGCUGUAACCGCAAACCCGAUUCGUGCCGAUUGUGGUGUCGACCAUCGCCGAAGAAAGAAAAGGACGCAAAACUUGCAACGAGACCGAGUGCAAGCAGGACGGCAAGAACUUCGUGCAACACAUUCGUUCACCCUUCGUUCAACAUUCGUUCAUCUGCCGCACCACGUGACGACCAACGCUACGUGCAACACCUUCAAUCUCAGUUCAUUCGCCAAUUUUGCCAUUUCCGCCAUUUUGUGUUUCGCCCUUUUGUAAGCGGUUAAAUUAUUGUAAUUGACGUAACUAUUUUAAGUUAAGCAUAGUUAUAAGCGUGAAUUUGUGUGAGAAGUUUAUCCAUUGUGGUGAAAAGGAAGUUUAAACAUGGAGGAAGGAUUAAAACAGAAAAUUGCUUCGCGAGGUUACCUAAAAGGUACGAUCACAAGAUUGCUACAAGUUUGUGAACAAGAUUUAUCUUCACAUUCAAUCGAAAUCUUAGAAGCAAAACGUGUCAGACUUGAAACAUCUUUCGCAGCGUACGAAAAGCUCAACCAAGAGAUAUUGUACUUGGAUGAAAAUGACAGCGAAAACGUCGAAAUAACUGAAAGCAACUAUUUCGCUAUUCUAACAAAGCUAGACUCAGAAAUUAAAAAAAAGAUGUCAACUUCCUCCAUGCAAGCCUCCAAGUCACCUCACCAUAAUUUAACUAAGUUACCGCCAGUUACAAUCCAAACUUUCAAUGAUAACUCAACGGCAAAGGCGUACCAACUUGGGCGCUGUAUGGAAAUGGAGCCCAAACUUGAAGAUUUCUUGCUAUUCAUCGAGAAGCAAGCAAUGGCGCUGGAGAAUACUGAGCAGGGUCACACUUCCAGCAACAACAACAAGGUGGUGGUGACUCACAUGACUACAGCAGCAUGCGGAUACUGUGCUCAUACCGAGCCAAGGAGGGGCACCUCGCGAGCUGACGGCGUUGCCCACGCAAGCGCCUGAGUCUACUGGGUCUCUGGCUCGUGAGCAACAAAGCAGCAACUACUCGUCAACUGCCACAAAGGAUAAUUCAGCUAAGCUAUUCAUAACCAAUACCCACUUUGGAAACAUUAUUGCAGGUACUGUCUCUCCUUUUCAAUUACCUAAACAAUGCCACAAAGUUGUUCUCAAAUGUGAGUUAGGGUUGAGUGACACUAUUGCUAACUUUUGGAGUACUGAAAAGGUCCCAGAAGUAUAUCCUGAGCAUUCUUCUGAGCAUGAACAGUGUGAGGAAAUAUUUAAAGAGUCCGUUCAGUUGAAAGACAGUAGAUUUCAAGUUGCAUUACCUUUAAAGUUACCUUUACCUCAAAUUAAUGACGUCCUUGGCGAAUCUUUUCAUUUGGCUCUCAAACGGUUCUAUAAUUUAGAAAAAAGGCUACAUGCAAAUCCUGAGUUAUUCAUGCUAUACAAAAAUUUCAUUCAUGAAUACUUAGCACUAAAUCAUGGUCACUACAUAGACAUUGAAAGUUAUGAUUUGAUGAAACAACCUGUUUAUUUUCUGCCACAUCAUGCGGUAAUAAAUGACAAUAGUAAAACUACUAAACUCAGAACUGUGUUUGAUGGAUCUAUGAAGUCAAGCAAUAAAGUAUCAUUAAAUGACUUACUAUUAAAUGGGCCUGUAGUUCAAAGAGAAUUAUUUGACAUAAUAUUGUUAUUUCGAUUAGGUGAUUAUACUUUCACUGCUGACAUCAAGCGCAUGUUUCGCAAUAUAAAAGUAGAUCCGGAAUACACUUCUCUUCAGAAUAUACUAUGGAGGGACGAUCCCACCGAGUCAGUGCAAUGCAUUCGAUUAGAUACUGUAACGUACGGGUUGAAAAGCAGUACAUACAUUGCCACUCGCUGUUUAGAUGAGCUAGCAAAUAGAUAUAGGGACGAAUUUCCUCUAGCCUCAUCCAUAAUUAAAAAUAAUGUGUAUUGUGAUGAUAUUUUAUUUUCUCACAAUGAUCUCGAAACUGUGUUUGCGGCACGUGACGAAUUGCGUAGAUUACUGUCACUAGGUAGUUUUGAAACUCACAAAUGGAGCUCCAAUGACAGUCAAGUUCUAUCUGAUAUACCAAUCAAUGACUUGCAUUUUGAUAGUCUUGAUUUGCAAAAAGACAACUUUAAUAUGAAGGCUUUAGGUCUUACAGUAAAUGUGAAGCAUGAUCACUUCAUAAUAUCUUCACCACAGCCAUUUGAUUCAAACAAAAUCACUAAGAGAACUAUUUUGAGUUAUAUAGGCAAAUUCUAUGAUCCAAUGGGUUUUGUUAGUCCUAUUAUUGUCUCAGCCAAGUCUAUAAUGCAAAAACUUUGGCUGCAAAAAUUAGAGUGGAAUGACAGUCCCCAACCUGAGGUGUGUCAGGAGUGGCAAUCUUUUACAGCUGACUUAGCUGCAAUGAAACCAAUUUUAUUACAAAGAAAUUUAAGCAUUUCAGACGUUGACACAGCUGAAUUAAUCGGAUUCGCAGACGCAUCCAGUACGACUGGCUACGGCUGCUGCGUAUACCUUCGCUGGUCCAGCCCCACAGGUACUGUGAAUGUGCAAUUACUCUGCUCGAAGUCGCGCAUCAAUCCUAUACAAAAGAAAGGUAUGACUGUGCCAAAGUUAGAGCUAAAUGCUGCACUCAUACUUUCAAAGUUAAUUUUUAAAGUUUAUGAUGUUCUUAAAACAAAAAUUAAAAUUAGUAAUGUUUACUUAUUUACCGAUUCUAAAAUAGUCCUUGCAUGGCUUAGUACCGAUCCAACAAUGCUCAAAGCAUAUGUUGCAAACAGAGUAAUUGCCAUUCGCCAAACCUGCGAUCAAUGGGACUGGCUGUAUGUGAAGUCAGCUGACAAUCCUGCGGAUCUUGUAAGUCGCGGAACCAAGCCAGGUGAAUUGCUAGGGUGUGAUUUGUGGUGGCAUGGUUCUCAAUUUCUUCAAACUAGCAAGCUUGACUUUUCCUCUUGCUAUACGGGUCUACCUGUCGACUUACCUGAAGUGAAACUCUGCUCAGCCUUCUCCUGUAACGUUGUGUGUGACGAUUUCGAUCAGCUUGCAUUUAUAUUUCAGCGUUUGCAUGAUUGCUCAGAUAUACAUAAAAUGACUAGGUUGUUAGCUUAUAUCUUGAGAUUUUUAAAUAAUUUAAAUAAAAAUAAACAAAAAUUAAAUGCAUCAUUUUUAAGUGCACAAGAACUUAACAAUGCGUUAAUGCUAUUAAUAAAGUACGAACAACAUACCUAUUUUCAAACUGAAUUAAAUUUAUUGCGCAAUGGCAAGAAUGUUAAGGGAAAUUUAGCUAAUCUGCACCCCCAUAUCGACGACCAAGGGCUUUUACGUGUGGGUGGUAGGCUUCAUCACGCAGAUAUCGCUUACGCACAAAAACAUCCCAUAAUAUUACCGAAAAGUUCUAUUGUCACUAACUUGCUUAUACGAAGUGAACACGAAAGGUUACUGCACGCAGGGCCUAGGCUUUUACUUGCGCAUUUAAACCAAAGGUAUUGGAUUGUAAACGGCUUAAUGGAAAUUAAGAAGAUAACUCAUAAGUGUAUUACAUGUUUCAGACAAAAAGCCACUGUGGCCAAACAGCUGAUGGGGUCCUUGCCAGCUGCUCGCGUCACUGCGACCAGCCGUCCCUUUGAGAAGGUCGGAGUGGAUUUCGCCGGGCCUAUUGAUGUCAAGCUAUCGCGAGUGAGACGAUCUGUAGUUGGUAAAGGUUACAUCUGCGUGUUCGUCUGUUUUACGACGAAGGCCGUCCACUUGGAAUUGGCCUCAGAUCUAACCACUGAAACCUUUCUCGCUUGCUUAAGAAGGCUGAUAUCACGAAGAGGAUUGCCCGCCGAAAUUCACUGCGACAAUGCUAGUACUUUUAAAUGUGCACGGUCCCAUCUAGCUGAGCUUUACAAAUUGCACACUUCCCAGAGUCACCAAGCAGAAGUACAUCAUUUCGCAACACAACGCGGUAUUGCUUUUAAGUUUAUCCCCGCUUACUCACCUACCUUCGGGGGACUAUGGGAAGCUGCAGUUAAAAGCACAAAAUAUCACCUAAAAAGAGUUCUGCAAAAAACUGUACUUACCUAUGAGCAACUUAGUACUGUGUUAACAGAGAUAGAAGCAAUACUCAACUCGAGACCCCUUCUACCUCUGUCAUCAGAUCCUGAUGAUUUUUGUUAUUUGUCACCAGGACAUUUCAUUAUUGGCUCUCCUCUAACUAUGUAUCCGGAACAGAAUGUUGUCGUUCCGCGAAAUAAAUUAAAAUUUUGGCAAUUAUGUACUAAUUUAAAACAAAUGUUUUGGAAAACUUGGCAUAAGAAGUAUCUUAAUGUAUUGCAAAAUAGGCCAAAAUGGAGAACAGAUUGCAAUGAUGUAAAAGUAGGAAGUUUAGUAAUUUUAAAAGAUGAUAACACUCCUUCAAUGUCAUGGCCUAUGGCUAGAAUUAUAAAUGUUUUCCCUGGGCAUGACACAAAAGUUAGAGCAGUAGAAGUAAUGACAUCUAAUAAGAAAACUCAUGUUCGUGGCAUACAUAAAGUGUGUCUCUUGCCAAUAGAUGAUAAUCUGUAAAAUGUUAUCACUUAAUUUUAGAAGUUAAGACUAAUUAAUGAACCUACUGUUAAUUUAGUUACAUGUGCAUAAUAUCUUAUGAUUACUUACAAGAUGUAACAAAUUACAUUAUGUAUUGUACAAAAUGUGUACUGUGAUGAGUAUUAUAAGUCUAACUUACCUUUAGUUACCUACUAAUUAAUAGUAAAAUUAAUGUUGUGUAACUAUCAAAUAUUUUCGCCCUUCCUGGGGCCCCAGUAUGUUGCAUGGCAACACUAAGCUGUGGAAUUUAAUUUUUGUGUAAUGGCAAUGUUUUCUCUCUCUCUCGUCUCGGCUCCCACGAAUACACAAGUGUGUUAUCUGAA